AUGUCCACAACGUCGACAGCAACGCCAGGAUCCCGUUCAUCGUCUCCAUUGACUCCUGAGCCUUCAGAAUCUCCUGAGCCAGUCACCAUUCAGGGUGAGCUAGACCUCACGUCCUCGUGGUACCUUUCAAUGCAAGCAAAGUCGACACUAUCACCAUGGCCGUCGGAACCCUCUGUAUACGCACCCCCGCAUAAAUCAGAAGAGGAGCAAAUGCUGCGCCUAGAUGACCUGAUAGAGCAACACGCUUAUGAGGAUUCUCCUUCAGUGUUUAACUCAAGCCUAAGCUAUACAUCGCCUCCUACAUACCCUCAGAACUCUAAUAACACUCCUUUAACUCGAGACCUUCAAUCCGAAUCUCGCAAUACCAAUCCUUUAAUUUCUUCUCGACACACUCCUCUUUCCCUGACAAAGCCGAUACCUCCUCCCCCUGCAUCUUUACCUCGUAAAACAGAUUCAUCUAUAUUGAACCAGAGGGUUGUAUAUCCACCUAAGGAAUCAUGCUUCAAUAUGCCUAUCAUGUUCCCUAGUAUACCAGAAGGCGGGACUAAAUCGCGAGUAGAAACUCAAGUCAGAGUGACCGUUGAUUUGGCAGACUCAAGCUCAUCCUCGGAUCCGUAUAAAUAUGACCGAAUAGGGUCCUGGAAAUGGUUGAAAUUACCGCAAGGAACAGCAACCAAGAAACGCACAAGGAAGCAGGGGAAAAUAGACCCAGAUCCCCAAGACAUGCUCCAUCUCUCUGCUACGAUAACUUGUGCGUCACCUCCCCAUAACCGCGUAUUAAGCUGCUCAAGCUGCCAAUCACGUGAAGCGAAGCGUGUGGCAAAAAAGUUAGCCGCCCGAGUGCGUCCCGCUCGCUCAGAAUCCGAAGUUGAGGGCGAUCCUAGCAAGCCCAGUAGACCAAAGCAUCAUGAAGAUACUACGAGCAUUAUCCAGUUCAACUGUGCAGAAAUCCUGGACUUUUCAACCGGUUCCGUUGUUCUUCCUCUUCGGAUUACUUGUUACUGUCGUCAUCAUCGUGAAAAGGUUGGGUUCAAUGUGCAUUUCUCGAUGAUGGAUCAUGCAGGCCGGAUUGUGGGCUCAGGUAUGUCGAGACCGAUAAUGAUAACCGACGAUCAUAAAACGUCGACUGCCAACAAACCUCAUGAAUUAAUUGGAAGCUUUACUGCUAUGGAGCCUCCGGAUUGGGCGCAAGGCAGCGGGAUGAUCAACGAGCUUUCCUCUAUCUCAGAUUCCAGAGCACCCUCAAGGCGUAAAAAAGAGUUAUCAUCAAACACAGGCCCAAUGAAACCCCGACCAAAGCCCUACGAUUCCUCUUCCAAACCUAACCGCGUCUCGCGUGAGGGCAGUGUCUCUAGUGCUCCUUCUCCGUCUACAUCCUAUUCUCCACUCCCCGCAACGAGAGCCUCGACACCAUUUUCAAACCUUCAGACUGGGGUAGUUUUAGAAUCUUCUACCUCAAAUAUUCCUCCACCUUUACACGAUGGUGUGCAUGGAUCCGAAACGUCGUCCCCAGAUACCCUUGCCACACCCCUAGAUGGUAAUUCCGAUAUCCAAAUGCCCGAACUUAGCUUUGGGGCAUCGGAUUUGCAGGGUGAUAGGCGGCUUUCCACAGCAUCUGCAACGCAACACCCCGCAAAUUUGAUCAUGUCAACUUUACCUCAUUCCAUGCCAUAUAUGUUCUUUGACCCCACACAAUCAUCCCAAACAGUCCAAGUACAGCCACCUACGAUACAUCGUCUUAUACCUAACUCUGGACCAACUCAUGGUGGCAUCGAAGUUACAGUUCUCGGGGCAAAUUUUCAUCCAACAGUUCAGCUUAAUUGUGUCUUCGGUGAUGUGGCCGCUAGUUCGACGCAGCGGUGGAGCGACAACACACUGGUUUGUGUACUGCCUCCUCGGUCAAUGCCAGGUGUUGUCGCUGUCUGGUUUGAAGGGUUUGCGAAGGCUGAUGAGCAAACACAUACUCCUCCUUCAUUAUUUACAUACUCUGAUGAAUCAGACCGUGCUUUGAUGGAACUUGCUUUGCAAGUAGUAGGCCUCAAAAUGACGGGCAAAAUCGAAGACGCUAAGAAUGUCGCCAUGAGAAUUGUGGGGACCGCUGGAAGUGACAACUCUGAUUCAAACCACGGUAAUAAUACUGGUAUGAUGCAAAUGGGAACCUCUCCAUCAAUUCGUCCACUUCUAUUCAAUCAAGGUCAAGGAGAUAUCAAAGAUUUUGAGAAACAACUCCUUCAAUUACUUACGGUCCUGGAUACUUCCAUAGGCAGCGCAGCACCUAACGCAAUCCCCACCUCACAAGCCAUUUCCUACCCAUCUGCGACUGGACAAACACUACUUCACUUGUCUGCCUUUUUGGGACUUUCUCAUGUAACGCGCUUCCUUGUAAAUCACGGCGCAGAUGUCGAUGCUCGAGAUCGUAAUGGUUUCACUCCACUCCACUUUGCCGCUCUUUCCCAGUCGAAGUUGUGCUCUAACAUCUUAUUGCAGGGUGGAGCCGACGUGGAAAUUGUCAAUUCUCUAGGAAAGACGGCAUAUGAGAUCGCCACCACAGGGUUCUUUGAAGAAUUACCUUCGUCUUUAUACUGUGAUAGUGACAGUGAUGGCGAAUGGUCGGAAGACGAGGAUGCCAACCUAGGAGAUGCUGAGGGAGAUGAUGACCUUCCAUCUCGCCGCGUUAUAAACCGUCGCGUCUCUCGCCGACUGUCCCGACUGAGCCUACUGCAGUCUGGUCGAGGAACACCCAGACGAUCGGUGGAUGUGUCUCGAGCGGCUACGCCUCCACCACCACCUCCUCCUCCUCCACCUCCUCCCACCAUCGAUGUUGGCAGCGAAGACGACAAGAAAGGAGAGGUUGAUUUAAACACUGCUGACGCCAAGCGUGCGGCCUCCUUCAUGGAGAAAAUGAUUCAGCGCACCCUAGCCCAGAUACCUGCCCAAGGAAUCAUCCCAAAUAUGCCCCAGCUUCCUUUACCACAUCUUCCUCACUUGCCUGAUCUUCCUGCCGUCCCAUGGGGUGCACUGCCACAACUGCCCAUGGUGUUCCCUGUAUUUGUGCCAAUGAUGCCAGGCUGGCCCUCAUUUUUUGGUGGCGAGCCAGGAACAGGAGCUCCAGGAGAAAGGAUGCACAAUGAAGGAGAGGGUGGUCCACCCAAUAUGGGCGCUGGUGCUGUUGCUUUGCGAGCUGCACAGGAGUGGCGUGCGACUUGGGAAAAAUGGGUCGCAUUGGCAGUGGCAACGACUGCUAGACAGCAAACUGAGGAACUUCCCCCUCCUGUGUAUACUCCUCGUGCAGGCGAUAAUGAGUCAGUACAGAUAUCAGCGCAGACUCAAGACGAUGCUGAAGCUCAGGAGCCUUCUUCCUCCUCCACCCGCCCCUCAUCCGAAAUUCGCCCUGUUGGAUACGAUAGCACUCCGGUGCCAGAUAAAGUCGUUGAAUCAUUUGGAUAUCAGCCUCCUGCAAACCAAACCCAAAAAAAACACCAUCAAGAUGGCCCUUCCAAUGAGGAUCCCUCUUCAAUGAGUCCACAUAAAUAA